AUGGAUGCCACAGAAGUGGUCACCAAAGAGGCUGUCGAGAGUAACUCUAGGGUAUUCCGAUCAUGUUUCAACGACUCAAUUGGUCCCAAAGGGAUCGAGCAGCGGGAUAUCGUUUCUGUUACCGUAGUUGCCCUCCAUUUGACACCGUGUGUAAAUAGUUUGAGGAUGUUGAGUCGUUCUCUUCUCCUCGCUCGCGAAGAUGCGAUGAUGGUUUUCAGUCGCGCAGCAUCAUCCGCUUCGAAAUCAAGUGCUCCGAGAAUGAAAACUUUUGAAAUCUAUCGCUUCGACCCCGAUCAACCAAAUGCGAAACCACAGAUGAAGAAGUAUCAAGUUAACUUGAACGAAUGUGGCCUGAUGGUCUUAGAUGCUCUGAUCAAGAUCAAGUCUGAGCAAGAUACUUCACUUACUUUUAGAAGAAGCUGUCGAGAAGGCAUCUGCGGAUCAUGCGCUAUGAACAUUGGUGGAGAGAACAGCCUUGCGUGUACCAGCAGAAUUAAUAAGGAUACAAGCAAAGUAACUAAAAUUUAUCCCUUACCUCACAUGUAUGUUAUUAAGGAUCUCAUUGCUGACAUGAACUUGUUCUACCAGCAGUAUGCGUCAAUUAAACCUUGGAUUCAUAAGAAAACGGACAUGACUUUGGGUAAGAAGCAACUAUAUCAAACUAUCAAGGAGCGUGAAAAACUGGAUGGACUGUAUGAAUGUAUUCUUUGUGCAUGCUGCUCAACUUCUUGUCCUUCAUAUUGGUGGAAUGCUGAUAAAUACUUGGGACCAGCCGUGCUCAUGCAAGCUUACAGAUGGAUCAUUGACUCUCGAGACGACUACGCCAUGGAACGUCUUCACCGCAUGCAUGAUAAUUACUCCGUUUACAAAUGUCACACUAUUAUGAACUGUACUAAAACAUGCCCUAAGAAUCUAAAUCCUGCAAAAGCUAUCGGUGAGAUUAAAGCACUUCUAACGGGCUUCAAAACCAAGCCACCACCCGAGCCGGCCAAAUUUUGA